AUGGCAGAGCUGUUGUUGGAAAUUGCUUGUAAUAUUUUUCGGACACUGCCCCCAAGUGAUAACCCCGACUUUGAUCCUGAGGAAGAUGACCCUACGUUAGAAGCUUCAUGGCCACAUUUACAGAUUGUAUAUGAAUUUUUUCUUCGGUUCUUGGAAUCACCCGACUUCCAACCUAGCAUAGCAAAAAAGUAUAUUGAUCAGAGAUUUGUACUACAGCUGUUGGAACUGUUCGAUAGUGAAGACCCACGUGAGAGAGACUUCUUAAAGACCAUCUUACAUCGAAUCUAUGGCAAAUUCUUGGGGCUCAGGGCCUUCAUCAGAAAACAAAUUAGUAAUAUUUUUCUAAGGUUUAUAUAUGAGACAGAACAUUUCAAUGGGGUUGGGGAAUUACUGGAAAUUCUUGGAAGUAUCAUUAAUGGUUUUGCAUUGCCUUUAAAGGCAGAACACAAACAGUUCUUAAUUAAAGUUCUGAUACCGCUACACAAGGUGAAGUGUCUCAGUUUAUACCAUGCCCAGCUGGCGUACUGUGUUGUACAGUUUCUAGAAAAGGAUGCUACGCUAACGGAACCAGUUGUCAAAGGCUUACUCAAAUUCUGGCCUAAAACAUGUAGUCAGAAAGAGGUCAUGUUUCUUGGUGAAAUAGAAGAAAUUUUGGAUGUGAUUGAACCUUCACAAUUUGUAAAGAUUCAAGAAGCUUUGUUUAAACAAAUAGCUAGAUGCGUGUCAAGUCCGCACUUCCAGGUUGCAGAGCGAGCUCUCUACUACUGGAAUAAUGAAUACAUAAUGAGUCUUAUUGAAGAGAAUUCCAAUGUGGUUAUGCCCAUUAUGUUCCCUGCACUGUACAGGAUAUCCAAAGAACACUGGAAUCAAACAAUUGUAGCACUUGUGUACAAUGUGUUGAAAACAUUUAUGGAAAUGAAUAGUAAAUUGUUUGAUGAACUCACAUCCAAUUACAAAGCUGAAAGACAAAAAGAGAAGAAGAAGGAGAAGGAACGAGAUGAUCUCUGGAAGAAACUAUCCAAACUUGAGAUGAACAACACAGCAAACAAGCAGACGCAAAAAGCAAAUGCAAAAUAGUCUUAAACGAAAGAAACCCAAGGCUUUAGAAUAUAAUUAGUGGAAGCUUGUUGCUUCUUUUGAAUAAAAUGGACUCUUGUAAUAAGUGUUCAGCAUACAGGACUUCCUGGCCCUAGUUUUAAACGUGAUAAAUUACUGAAGUAUUUUAAACUGGUAAAAAAAAAAAUUCAAAUUUGUUCUGGUGCAACAAGAAAAAAAAAAGAAGCAGUUGUCAUGUGUGUGUAUUUUGUGGUGACUAACUGAGCUGCUGUAGGCCAGGCCUUGCACACUUAUUAUGCUGUAGACAAUUGUAUAUGUUCAUUGUGCAUUAUGUCGUCUUCAGCAAUAAAACAAAGAAUUCAAAUUCACUAUAUAAGCAUCUUCACCAUGUACGCCAAUAUUGCAAGAAGAAAAUAUGUGCUGACAAAUCAACAUGUAUAAAUAUUCCAUAAACAAAAUAAACCAAAAAAAAAAAAAAAAACAGCCCUGCUCAUGUUUGAACUCAGGUAGAUUUGCCAAUGGCCUUUGUAUUAAGCAACCUCAGAUUCAAUGUUCAGCUGGCUCUGAUGGGGGGACCGUAAGAUGAUCUCUUCUAGUUUAUUGUUACUAGGUAUCAUUCUUAGCUUUCCCCUUGUUCACUUUGUGGUUCUCUGUAACUCUGGACUUGUCUUUAUAUUUGUUUAUUUCCGAUCAAAAUUUUGUUUUUUUCUUUCCGGCCAUGAUGCACGAUUGUACAACUACCAUUAUAAUUCCAAACCCAAACUCAUGCUCCCCCCCCCCCCCAAACAUUGAACAUAGUUCUGUUAAAGUUGCCCCCUUUCCCCACUCUGGGCUGUUAUUUGUUUUCCUCAACUAGAAUUUUCUUAUUCAGGCUUUUUUUAAAAACCAUUUCAAUCCUGCUGCUGUCGUGUGCAUAGAAUAGACUUGGUACUGGUGAACAUGAAUAAAUUCCAUUAAAAAAAAA